AUGGACGCCAAAGACCUAAACACCAUCUCCGAGUUGAUGCGCAACGCCCGCGCCACUCGCCAACCCGUCGUUGCCCCCUCCAAAACAUACCCUAAUCUGGACGUCAAGAGUGCGUUCGAGAUUGCCAAAAUCUCAGCGGAGAGUGACGUCAAGAAUGGCGACCGCAUUGUCGGAUACAAACUCGGCAACAUCGCCAAGGUGAUGCAGGAUUACUUCGGCGUUGAUGAACCCGACUAUGGUUUCUUGCUAGCCUCCAGGUUCGAGUACGAGGGCAUCAAGAUUCCUUUGUCCAAUUAUAUUGAGCCCUUUGUCGAGCUUGAACCCGCGUUCGUCCUCAAGGGAAAGCUCAAGGGUCCCAACGUUACCGUCGCCGACGUCAUCAACGCCAUUGACUAUGCACUCCCCGCCAUUGAGAUCAUCGACUCUCGUGUCCAAAAUUGGACCAUCAGCCUGGAGGAUACCCUUGCUGAUAACGGCUCCAAUGGAGCUGUCAUCCUUGGCGGGCCGCCCAAGCGCAUUACAGACCUCAACCUGAGCAACAUGCGGGGUUAUCUUGAGUUCAACGGAAAGGAGAUCAUGGACGGAAACACUAGGAACAUCCUCGGCAACCCCCUGGCUGCUGUGGCGUGGUUGGUCAACCGCCUAGCAGAGUUCGAUAUCGAGUUUCAGCCUGGCCAGGUCAUUCUACCUGGAAGUUGCCUGAGGGCUAUGCCUGCAAAGGAGCCGGGACACUGGUCCUGUACUUAUGAAGGCUGGGGGACCAUUGAAUUUGACUUGGCAUGA